AUGGACGUCACGGAGAUUGAUUCAGCUGAGGAACUCGAUAAAGCGUCUCGCCAGAAGCCCGGAAUUGACAAGAUUAAGUGGGCGAAGAGGCUUCAGGAGUUGGCUAGCUUCUACGAGAACAAAGGACACUCGACGCCACCGUCCGGGACGUCUCUAUCUAACUGGGUGAAAAAGAUGCGGACGAUGCGACGACGAAACGAGCUCUCGCAGGAUAUGAUUCUGGCACUGAACGCUCUAGACUUGGACUGGGAGCCAUCACAAACCCGCGCGUUCAAGCGCUUGGAGGAGCUGCAGGCAUUCAAACAGAGAGAAGGUCACAUUCAAGUGCCGACUGGCUGUUCGCUCGAACGAUGGCUCCGUCGCAUGAGACUGCUCAAGCGAAACGGUAAACUGGAACGCCAUGUUUCAAUUGGACUAGAGAAGCUCGGAGUGGUGUGGGAACCGGCGACUGCGAAGCAAAUUGAGACCGACACAAUCUUUGUAACUCGACUGAGCGAGCUCAAGGCCAUCGUCGCCGCAGACGGAAGAGUGAGGAAGACGAAUCAGUACGAUCCGGGCAUGCGUACCUGGUUAGUUUAUCAGCAGCGAUGUUUCCGUGAAGGAAAACUGAGCAAAGGUAAAAUUCAGGCGUUGAGAGACGUCGGUAUACCGCUCAAGAUGACGCAACGCGUCUCGUGGGACGCACGCUUGAUGGAACUCAUCGAGUUCAAGCGCAUUCACGGUCACUGCAACGUACCCGCAACGUGGCGCCAUAACAAAGAAUUAGGAUCAUGGGUCGGGACUCAGCGUAAGUAUAAGCGUGGGUCUAAGUUAUCCGAAGAGCGCAUUGCCGCACUCACAUCUAUCGGAUUUGAGUGGGAACCGAAAACGGCGCUUGCGCGAGGCACUCACACAAAGGCUUCGCCGUGGACCAUCAAAGCCAACUCGUUGAGACGAGGAGAUAGGCCGCAAGUGCAAAUCGACUGGAUCGGUGGUGACGAUAAGAGACCUCCGAGCAUCGAGACCUUCGAAUGGGGCAGAGCGUCCGCGAACUACGAGGAGAAGCAGCAACUGGUGUUCAGCGAAAUUGAGAAGUGGUGGCAAGAGGACGCGUCGGAAACAUCUCGAAGGAGCAUUAGAGGGAUGCGUUUGAAUCAUCGACUCAACGUCGGUAAGAAAAUUAACUUUAAACCAGAUAUUUUACUGGAGAUUUCCUCCGCAACUCCUGAAGAAGGCGCACUCACGUGGGGACUCAUCGUCGAGGUUGAUGAGUUUGGUCACAGACGAGGAAGCAGAAGCUACGUUAACGAGGAGUCAAGGAUGGCUGAUCUUCAGAACGCUCUCGGGGUGCCAAUCAAAUUCGUGCGGUUCAAUCCAGAUCCGACCGAAGAAGACAGCCGCGAGCUCGAAGAGCGCACGUUGGAGCUUCUCGAACACUUGGAAAAAGCAGUCGCGAAACCACCGAUACGAGACUUAGAAGUCUCGUACCUCGCGUACGAUUAG